AUGUCCACAUUCCAAUACUCUACCAAUUUUACCCCAUUUACGAGCAUGCGUACACGUUUCCUCGCCGUGAAUGCCUAUCUCAAGACAUCCAACAAAGACUCUACCGCCAAGGUCGCCCGCCACUGUGCGCGCACGACCACCAAGCUCCUGCACCAAUCGCCCCUGCACCACUCCCAACACGCCUUCGCGCCCCCACGCGCCCCCCUCUCCGCAUUCAUCGCGCGCCUCCUGCGCGAGACGAGCACGCCCCCGCGCACGGCGCUGGCGGCGCUCACCAUCAUCGGGUGGCUGACCGCGGCCGGGGCUACGCUCCGCACGUUUGACGAACAUCAAUGGGCGGUUCUUAGCAGUGCGGGCAGCGGAGAUGUUACACUCCUCAGUCAAGGCGAGUCCAGCAAAGAUGUUGCUGAUGUCGCCCACUACCAAUCGGAGGACGACAAGCCUUGCAAGGUGCACAUCAGGCGCCGAGACUCGUUCCGGACAAAUGUGCGGCUCGUGACUUCUCGCGCUGCAGCACUUUUGAGCGGCACCACUUGGAUAUGA